CACGAAGAAGAAGAAGAAGAAGAAGAAGAAGAGGAAGACGACUGGCUCUCACCAAGCAACUCAGCGGGAGCAGGAAAAUGGCAGAACCGAUCUCGGUCGGGGUGAACCUGGACGCCUUUUCUCACGCCAUCAACGGCAUCCAGGCGCUGCGCUCCAGCGUCAGCCGCGUGUUCGAGUCCCUGAAGGACGGCAUGAAGAACCGCGAGACUCUGGAGGGCCGCGAGAAGCAGUUCAUCUCCGAGUUCCAGGACACCCUGCAGGCCGUCAACAGGGACCUCAAUGAGCUGGAGCGUCUGAGUGGUCUGGUGGGACGACCCUCAGAGUCCCAUCCUCUCCACAACAGCGGGCUGCUGAGUCUUGACCCGGUUCAGGAUAAAACUCCUCUCUAUUCUCAGCUGCUUCAGGCCUACAAGUGGUCCAACAAGCUGCAGUAUCACGCUGGUUUGGCCUCCAGUCUGUUAAACCAACAGUCACUCAAGCGAUCAGCCAAUCAAAUGGGAGCUUCAGCCAAGAGACGGCCCAAAGUCCAGCCGAGUACUCUGGUCCUCCCGCCUCAGUAUGUGGAUGAUGUCAUUUCUCGGGUCGGUAGGAUGUUUCCAGAUAUGACUAUUGAGCUUUUCAGACCCAACGGGACGUCUGCUGUGCUGCUGGUGACUUUGGGGAAGGUGUUGAAGGCGAUCGUUGUGAUGCGUUCACUCUUCAUUGACAGAACAGUCGUCCGAGGUUUUAACGAGAAUGUUUACAGUGAGGAUGGAAAGCUGGACAUUUGGACCAAGUCUCAAUACCUUGUUUUCCAGAAAGUAACUGACCAUGCAACAACAGCCCUGCUACACUAUCAGCUCCCCCAGAUGCCUGAUGUUGUGGUCCGCUCCUUCAUGACUUGGCUUCGCAGCUACAUCAAGCUCUUUCAGUCUUCCUGUCAGCGCUGCGGUCGGUUCCUUCAGGAAGGUCUUCCUCCAACAUGGAGGGACUUUAGGACCCUGGAAGCCUUCCAUGAUACCUGUCGUUUGUAAAUUGUUUUUUUUUUGUUUGUAUAUAAAGUUGGAGGUUAUUUUCA